AUUGUUUUGGUUUAAAUCGCCUUUCGAAUAUAUAACCACAAUAUUCAUUUUGAUUUUUAUACGUUAGUAAAUUAAGUUGAAUUUAAUGGAAAUAGUUUUAAAAAUGAGUGCGUUGGUGUUUAAAAGAUCUUUUUACGUAUACAACACAUUAAGGGCCAAACAAAUACCAAAUAAUUUAAAAGGAAAAAGUAAAAGUUCCCAAGAAUGGCUGACAAGACAAAUGGCAGAUCCAUAUGUCGAGAAAGCAAAAAUGAUGAAUUAUCGUUGUAGAAGUGCCUUCAAACUAUUGGAGAUUGAUGAAAAAUAUCAUAUAAUUAAGCCGGGAGAUACAGUAAUCGAUUGUGGUGCAGCGCCUGGUAGUUGGACACAAAUAGCAGUAGAACGAUCAAAUGCCAAUGGAAAUAUGGAAAAUAAACCAAAAGGAGCAGUGUUCAGUAUGGACUUGUUACAUUUUCAUGCAGUACCAGGCGCCACCAUAUUUGGAGGAAUGGAUUUUACAAAACCUGAAAAUCAAUUGCGUUUAAAAUCAGCUUUAGAUGGGAGAAAAGUUAAUUGUGUUUUAUCGGAUAUGGCUCCAAAUGCUACGGGCGUUAGAAUGUUAGAUCAAGAAAUUAUUAUUAAUCUUUGUUACGACGUUCUACGCUUUGCUUUGGCCAUGUCAGCUCCACAAGCAAAUUUUAUUGUUAAAGUUUGGGACAAUGGCGAUGUACCCAAAUUGGAAAAGGAUAUAUCAAGAUUUUAUGAAAAGGUUAAGCGUGUAAAGCCUCGGGCUAGCAGAGGAGAUUCAUCAGAGCAUUUCUUUGUAGCAAGGGGAUUUAAAGGUCUAGGAAAUGUCAUCAAAGAACAAAAAUAAAAUUUUUAAAAUUUA